AUGCAACUGGAUGAAGCAGACAGAGUGAAGACCACGGUAGUGAAGCCGAUCGUCUUCGGCAAUAUCUCCCGAUAUUUGGGUAAGAAGCGUGAGGUGGAUGGCCGCACUCAUUUGUGGACGGCCUUCCUGCGUCCCUUCGAUUCACGCGAGGACAUGUCGGCUUACAUUCGGCGUGUUCAAUUCAAACUGCACGACAGCUAUCCCAACCCUAUUCGCAUCUUCCACAAACCUCCCUACGAGGUUACUGAGACCGGUUGGGGAGAAUUCGAUAUCGCUAUCAAAGUCACAUUUGUAGAUCAAAACGUGAAACCGCUUGUCAUCACACAUUUACUCAAAUUAUUUCACUGCGAUCACGAUAUAAUGAUGGGCCAAAAGAGCCUCGUUAGAGAAAUCUACGAUGAGAUGAUUUUUGUUGAUCCAUCGCCCACUUUUUACCGCGCUCUGGUUGGCGCAUCUCGAGGCGACCCCAGCAGGCUGCCUCCCCUCAACCACGAAACCGAUUUCAACGAAGCAAAACAACAGGCACUUGCACGCAUUGGGGACCUAAAUAAAAAAGUGACAGACGCAAUCACUGCGUAUCGAGAGCAGUUACUUCUUAAAAAGGACAUUGUCGAAGAAGCAAAGGCCCUGGCCGAUGAAAUAGAAGCGUCCUCCAUGGGACCCCUCAGUUGA